AUGCUACGGCGGCGCACAUUGGAAACGAGGAAGAGGGCAGCCGUACCUUUUGUCAAUGAAAUGCAUUGCAAUAGGCCACUUUACUUUGCCGGGCGGGAUAGAGUCCGCACAGUUUAUAACCCUUGGUACUCCGUUCAGCGUGUGGGAACCCGGAGCCGAAAUGUCGCCCCUGAGCAAAAUGCCGGAGCGGCAGACGGGAAUAGCCCGGUAACGAUCGGCUCCGGCGCUGCCAGUUAUGGCAAGUCCCGAGAGGAGUCUCGGAGUAUCAGUCUCAAAGUUGCAGGAUUCUCUGGAGGCGUCCCGAAUGGAAUAGGACUACAGAGCAUUGCUGGCAAGGACCGCUGGUGA